AUGAAAUUAUUCGAUCGAACUUCUGUCCGCUCCGGUAAACGGUUCGGUGGUUUAUCAUCCAGUAUGUUCUUUGUUCGGAAUAGUCCUCAUCCACAACGUGUACGUCAUAUGGAAGGAUUGAAUGGUGCUUGGAUUUGUAACGUAAAUGAUGAUCUAGACCGCGAUAAGCGUUCUAAACGUAACAAAGCGAAUGAUUAUAAUAAAAACAAUCUACCAAUAAACGAAACAGGACGUCGGACUGAACGAUUAGUUCCUCCAACGACUUUUUGGAAUACACAUGGACUCAUACAUGAUACUGAUAAAUGGAGACAGGAAUUAGCAAAUCUAGCCGCUGCUAGUGGUAUUGGAUCAGAAAACGAGGACAAGAAGCAUUCGAAUAAAUCUGCGGUAACAGCUGAUCCAAAGAAUGCCUCACGUUCUGGUGCUCACUAUUCUACUAAAACCGGACGUUUCAAUGAAGGUGCUUCAAAAUCGCGUGGUCGCACAAGUACGAAACAUGGUGCUGGUCAAACAGGAGAAACUUUGUUUAACGUGCCUGAAGAUGAAAGAGAAGCGUGGAUGUUACAAGUUCUCUGUCAACUUCUUGAUACAUGUAAUUUGGAAGAUGUUCAAUCUUGGCUUGUUUCAGCAUCGCCAGCAGAAAAGGAACAAGCUCGUUCGAUGAUUAAUGCCGCUCUACGCGGUUUGAAAGAAUCCGAGCGUACAUCAACCUCGGGCGAUAUUCAAGAUUCAGUCGUUGAUUUUGAUUCUCUAUCAAAUUUUGUUGAAAGACAAAAGAACGAAGACAAAUAUGCUUCGCAAAAAUAUGUUAACGACGCUCUUAAUCGUUCUGCGCCUGUUUUGCCAUCCGUCGACGAACAACAACAACAACAACAACAACAACCUGACUUCGGUUUGAAUGACACAUGGGAAAUCGGCGGUGUGACGAGAUCCUAUAUCUAUUCGGGAGAUAAGGCAAAUCAAUCGAACAUUGAAAAUCUUUAUCCAAGUGAUAAUGAAGAACAGGUCGAUACGAUACGUCUAUCCGACGAUCGCCAUCGAGCUCGGUCUACCUCGUUAACGAAAAAGUCGCAAAGUUAUGAUUCACCACGUGAACGACCAUUGACAAGUUAUCGGCAAAAUCCGAAUGUUGAAUCGAUUCAAUUCAAUGACGAUGUGAAUAACCCAACGAUAAGUUAUCUCGACGAAAUUCACAAUGAAGAUGGUAAAUCACGUAAGAUACGCGAAUUACAAACGAAGCUGUCGCGACAAGAAGAAGAAGCAAAGAAGAAAUUCGAUGAAUUACAAACGAAACAAUCACGACUAGAAAAUGCCAUUCGUCUACUCGCUAAACAAACAGCAUCACGUAAAGCAAAUCAACAAAAUACAUCUGGACAAAAUGAAGAUGCACCCGUGUUCAAUGUAAUUAUUCAAUCUCCACAGCCAAAGGGGCAUCGCCAUAAAUCGAGUAAACCUCGAGCAACACCGUUCAUUCAUGCUGAUACAAGUAACAAGAAGAGUCGCGAUGACAAACCAGGAGCAAAAGUCGGAGAUUACAAUGUCGAAGAUGUGAAAGUUCAAAUUAGUCUUUCACGUCUUGAUAAUCAACAACCGAAAGUCUACGGUGGUGUUUGGAAACACGAUGCUCAAACAUUACAACGUCUUCAAGGAUGUUAG